AUGGGCCUCGAACAUCAGUUUGUGACUGCGUUGUAUUCAGCAAGCCAUCAGGCUUUGCCAUGCCAUACCGUCGAUAUUUGGCACCCUCUUGGCGAUCCGCCUGGUGCUGACGAUGGCCUCUGGAUCAUCUUCAUUCACGGUGGUGCAUGGCGCGAUCCAUCAAUCACGUCCCAAUUUGCGCAUACCGCAGUGUCGAAGCUCUGCCGUUCAGGAGGGCAAGCCGGCAUUGCUGGAAUUGCCUCUAUAAACUAUCGUCUUUCGCCCUCCGAUCGUCACCCGGCAAAGGCAAAUGAUCCAUGCCGCCAAGCCAAGCACCCAGAUCAUCUCGUUGAUGUCGUUGCUGCGAUUCACUACUUGCAAGAACGGUUUCAAUUUGGGGACAGAUACAUUAUGAUUGGUCACUCUUGUGGUGCUGCCCUAGCUUUCCAGACGCUUCAGUGGCAAGCGAGGAAUCCAUCUCCUGGGUUUUCUGAACCGCGCGCCAUAGUCGGUGUAGCAGGUAUCUACGAUUUUCCAUUGUUGCGCAGCUUGGACCCGAAACCUCCUACUGUUCAAAACUUUUUGACUGCUGCGUUUGGACCUGAGGAACAGAUAUGGCUCGAGCAGAGUCCCGUGAAUAGCGACUAUGAGGAAAUAUGGUCAUCAGGAAUGGCUGUGAUCCUUGCUAGAUGUGCGGAUGAUGAAUAUGUUUCGCCUCAGCAGCAAGUUCGAAUGAAUGAGUCUCUUGCGACGUGGGCUUCAAACCGAAGCGAGAGAGUCCUAAAGAUGGUGAUGCUGGAUGGUGGGCAUGACAAUCCUUGGGUUCAUGGGAAAGGCCUAGUCGAGUGUGUAGAAGCUACUCUAGCAUGUUUGGCGUCAGUUGAAAAAUAA